AUGCUCCCUGAAAAUGAACCAAUAUGGUGUCAUGUAGAAAGAGGUGUCCAUGUACAAACUCUUCCAUUGAUUAUUUUUCAAAGAUUAACUGUCAUCUUUAUGAGUGAUUUCAUUUACUUCAUUGCUUGUGUUUGCUGGGUGAAAGACAAUAAGAAUGAAUUUCUGAACAAAUAUUUUCAAUUAAUUUUGUUGUAUGGUUGUCCAGGACUAGUCAUUGUUGAUAAUAUUCAUUUUCAGUACAAUGGAAUAUUAUUCGGAAUAUUUAUAUUUUCAUUGAUAGCCUUACGGAAUGCAAGAUAUAUUCUAUCUGGAAUUCUUUACUCAAUACUAUUGAAUAUGAAACAUUUAAAUUUAUAUAUGGCUCCAGCGUAUUUCCUAUUCCUUCUUUUCCACUUUUGUUUGGCAAAUCAUGAUGGAUCCAUCAUAUUUGGUUUCCUUAGCAGAAUCAUUCGAUUAGGCUUGAGUGUGAUUGGAAUUUUUGUAAUGAGCUUUGGACCCUUUUUAUUGAGUGCCUCUUGGAAUGCCUCAACAACCAUGCAUCGAUGGAUGGCCAUGAAGAUGGAAUUGAAUCAAAUUCUCUCAAGACUAUUUCCAUUCGAGAGAGGUUUAACACAUGCCUAUUGGGCUCCUAAUUUUUGGGCGCUCUACAACACAGCAGAUAAGAUGAUAUCCGUAUUACUUGGAAAAGUAUUGAGAAUGGUAAAGAUUGAUGAAGGACAAACUGCUUCUCUAACGGGUGGUCUCGUAGGAUUGAAUCAAGGCACUCACCUUAUUCUUCCAACAAUUCAUCCUAAAGUGACCAUUAUACUUUGUCUUUUAUUCUCAUUUACACUUUGUGCAUAUUAUAUUGUUGGAGCAUGGCGCAAUCAAGAACGAAGAAAUUACGUUCAGACCAUGUUACUUGCCAUUACGAAUUCCGUUUUUGCAUUCUUUAUGUUUGGUUGGCAUGUACAUGAAAAGGCCAUUCUGAGUGUCUUGAUUCCUUUGGCAGUACUCGUAACAAGUUCUUCUCACAAUUUUGAAAAACAUUUCAAAAUAUUUGCUUUCACAUCCAUCAUUGGAACAUACUCCCUUUUCCCUUUAUUGUUCCAACCAAGAGAAUUACUUGUGAGAUGGUUCCUAUUGAUUGCAUUUGUUCAAUUAUUAAGGUACAUUUGGAUUGCGACUAGAAGCAAUUCUUUGGAUUCAAAAUCAUUGUUCACACUCAGUGAAGCAUCAUAUUUGUUUGGUUUAAUUGUUAUUGAAAUUUAUCAAUCUUGCAUUCACAAGUUGAUUUUUCAAAACAGACUUCCUUUUCUUCCCUUGAUGAUUAUAUCCUUUUACUGUUCUCUGGGUUUGCAUUAUGCGUGGUUGAAAAUGAUUGUCACCACAACACGCAAUGACAAUCUCAUUGAAAAAGAGAAAAUAAACUAG